UUGAUUCGUGUGAACUGGCGAGGCGGUCAGUUGCGAAGCGGGCUUGGUGGGGUGUUCCUGGAGAACGCGGCACAAAAUUAGUUUCUCUUUUGAUUUUAAUUUGGAUUGAUUUGAUCUCACACAGAGACAGCCCGACGCCAUGCUCAGACGGAUAUUGCAGCGGACUCCUGGGAAAGGAGGCCCAGACCAGCCAGCCACAGAUGUCAACAACGACCAGACCUCUGAGGGGUUCAUCUGCCCCCAGUGCAUGAAGUCACACAGCUCUGCAGAGGAGCUCUUCAAGCACUAUGAAGUCUUCCAUGAGUCCACCAGCCAGCCAUCCCCCCAGGCCCCUGGCAGGGAAGACCUGGCUAUCCUCCGACAGGAAGUCCAGGACCUCCAGGCCUCUCUGAAGGAAGAGAGAUGGUUUUCUGGGGAACUGAAGAAAGAGCUCGACAAAGUUCAAGGACAGCUGAAGCAAGGCCCUCAGGAUGAUGGCCAAGCCAGCAUGGAGGAGUCAGAGCUGCAGAUGAAGCUGAAUGAGUCGGAGACUGAGAAGUUCAACAUCAAGCAGAUGAAGGACCUUUUUGAGCAGAAGGCAGCCCAGCUGGCCACCGAGAUAGUAGACAUCAAGUCGCGCUACGAUGAGGAGAGGAGCCUGCGUCAAGUGGCGGAGGAGCGCGCUGGCAGUCUGGCCCAGGACCUGCAGAGGGAAAAGCAGGAGAAGGAGCGCUGCCAGGCGGAGCUGCUGCAGAGGCCUGGGUUUGAGGAUGUGGAGGUUUUGAAACGGGAGCUCAUCCAGGUGCAGACGCUGAUGGACAACAUGACCCGUGAGAGGGAGGAGGAGUCAGAGCACCUGAAGAGCCAGUGCCAACAGCUGCAGGCUGAGCACACAGUCUCUGAGAUCCAUAAACUGGAGAGGACUGUUUCCCAACUGAGGGCAGAACUGGAGAAAGGCCCACAGGAAGUGGCUGUGUACACACAGCAGAUACAUCAGCUUCAACAACAGAACCAGGACCUUCUGGAGAAGCUCGGAAAGAAGGAUCGAGAUUGUCAAGAGCUGGAGGAGCGUCUGAGCAUGGAGCAGGCCAACAGAAAGAGUGUGCAGACUAACCUCCACCAGAGGGAGCUAGAGCUGCAGCAGCUGCAUGUGCGGGUCUCAGCUUCAGAGGCCUCUUUGCUGAGGGCACAGGCAGAGCUGGGUGAGAGGGGUGAGGCCGGUGGCCGGCUGCGGCAGGAGCUGGCUGAGCUGGAGUUGAGCCACCAGCAGCUGAAGGCGGAGACCAAGCAACUACAGCAGCAGAGGGAGGAACGGGAACAGCAGAGCCGACAGCAGCAGGCUGAGAUUAGCCAGCUGCACAUGAAGCUGCUGGAGACAGAGCGUCAGCUGGGCGAGGUGCAGGGCCGUCUCAAGGAGCAGAGGCAGCUUUCAGGAGAGAAGCUGAAAGACCGUGAGCAGCAGGUGGCAGAACUGCAGCUCAAACUGUCUCGCACUGAGGAGCAGCUGAAGGAGAGUGCAAGUAAGACAUUGGACCUUCAGCAACAGCUGGACAAGGCCAGGCAGAACCACCAGGAGGUCCAGGCGCUACAACAGAGCACCAACGGCAAGCUGAGAGAGGCACAGAAUGAUCUGGAGCAGGUGCUGCGACAGAUUGGGGAUAAGGACCAGAAGAUCCAGAACCUGGAGGCUCUGCUACAGAAAAGCAGAGAUAGCAUCAGCCAGCUGGAGACAGAGCGCGAGGACCUGUGUGCCAAGAUCCAGGCAGGAGAGGGAGAGACCGCCCUGCUCAAUCAGCUGCAAGAGAAGAACCACACACUGCAGGAGCAGGUUAUGCAGCUGACGAACAAGAUGAAGAACCAAUCAGAGAGCCACAAGCAGGCACAGGACAACCUCCACGAGCAGGUCCAGGAGCAGAAGACCCGACUUCGCUCAGCUCAGGAUCACUGCCAGGCCCUAGAGAACUCUGUCACUGACCUGAACACCCAGCUCACUCAGAGCAAGGAGAGAGUGGCCCAACUGGACACACAGCUCAAAGCCAAAACUGAGAUGCUUCUGUCUGCUGAGGCAGCCAAGACCACCCAGCGAGCUGACUUGCAGAAUCACCUGGAGACAGCCCAGCACACACUGCAGGACAAGCAGCAGGAGCUGCUGAAAACACAGGCUAAGCUGGGGGAGAUAACCAGGAAGCUGCAGGAAAAACAAGAGCUAUGCAGCCAGCUGGAAGGCAGCCUGAAGGAGUGCAAGGACAAACUGCUGAACUCAGAGCAGGAGGCUGAACAGCUGAAGGGCCAGGUUAAGAAGCUGGAAGCCGAGGUACAGGAGCUGCGGGCCAGCCGCACCGAGGCACAGCAGGCCCUGCUGAAAGCCCAGCAGUGCAGCACACAGGCCGACACCAAGAUCCAGGAGCUGAGCCACCAGCUUGACGUAGAGAGGGAACGGGCCGCAGGGCUGCAGGAGGAUCUGAAGUGUCAGAACGCCACCUUGCUGGCUACACAGCAGCAGCUACAGCAGCGAGAGGAGGAGAGGGCCAGCCUGCAGCGGAGGCUGGAUGAGUUGGGCGAGGAGGGCAAGGUGCAGCAGGCUGACCUCGAGAAAGCCCAGAGGGAGAAGGAUGCCCUGAACCAGAAGCUGAAUGCUGCCCAGGACAGCCUGAAGAAGACCCUCUCUAAGCUGGAGCAGGAGAAAAAAUGUGCCAGCAGCACUCUGGCAGAGAAGGAAAACUCUCAUCAGCAGGCCAAACAGGAGCUGAAAAAGAGGUUGGAGACUACAUCCAAGGAGCUGGAAGAGGUCAAAGGGCAACUCCAGAGGAUGGAGGAGACAGAGAAGGGGCUGAAAGCGCAGGUAACUGCCCUGUCUACGCAGCUGGCACAGAUGCAGGAAGCCCUGGAGGAAAAGGAGAAGGGGACACAGCUGCUUCAGGAGAAGCUGAAGACAACCCAGGGGUCCUUCAUCCAGGAAAUGAAGAAGCUUGAGAAUCAGAUGAGUGACCUGCAGACCCUGAAUGCCAAGAAGGUGGAGGAGGAGGGCAAGCUGAAGGAGCAGAUAGCCACUCUGUCCCAGGAUCUGAGCUCAGAGAGGACCCAGCGAGUAGAACUUCAGAAGAGCCUGGACAGCAGCCAGCACACCCUGGCCACACUGCAGUCCAACUGCUACGGCAAGGACUCCGAGAUCUCCGCACUGCGGCAGGACCUGAAGGCCUCUGAGGACAAGUUUACCCUUGCCCAGGAGGAGAUAGUGUCCAACCAGGUGCACCUGAGCAGCCAGGAGGCGCAAAUCAAGCAGCUAAAAGCAGGUCACACUAUGUUGCAACAGGAUGUGGCACAGAAGGACAACCGGCUCCAACAACAGGAGGAGGCCCUUAGAGAACUGCAGCAGCAGCAGGAGCGAAGUCAGGAGCAGCUGAAGGAGGAGCAGUUAAAGGGGGAGGAACUGAGGGAGAUGCAAGGCAGUCUGGAGCAGGAAGUGAAGCGCCUGACUGAGGAGCUGAGAGCCAGCACUGACCGCAGUGACAAGGAACUGCAGGAGUUGCGGGAAGCUAAGCAGCUGCUGAUCCAGCAGAAGCUGGAGGUUCAGAACAGGGUGGAGAGCACACAGGCUGAGCUGCAGCAGGAGAAGCAGCAGCACCAGGCCACCCGAGAUGGCCUUUGUCAGCGAGAGGAGGACCUGCAAGCAGAGAAGGCACAGAUCCAGGCCGAGCUGGAGGCAGAGUUGAAGACAAAGGCAGAGCUGGUGAAGCGUCACGAGGAGGUGGAGUCUAGGCUGUCCAUGCAGGUGACGGCACUGAAUGAGAACAUGGCCACGCUGAAGCGUGAGUGGCAGGGCAGCCAGCGGCGUGUGGGCGAGCUAGAGAAGCAGACGGACGAACUUCGGGGGGACAUCGCUGUUCUGGAGGCCACUGUGCAGAAUAACCAGGAUGAGCGCCGUGCCCUACUGGAGAGGUGUUUGAAGGGUGAGGGUGAGAUUGAGAAACUUCAGGCCAAAGUGGUGGAGAUGCGUCGCAAACUGGAUGACACAACAGCAGCCAUGCAAGAACUCGGCAGGGAGAACCAGUCGUUACAGAUAAAACAAUCCCAGAAUCUUACACGGAAGUGGGCGGAGGAUCACGAGGUGCAGAACUGCAUGGCCUGUGGGAAGGGGUUCUCUGUGACCAUCAGGAAGCACCACUGCCGACACUGCGGGAACAUCUUCUGCGCUGAGUGCUCUGCCAAGAACGCCUUAACGCCAUCAUCCAAGAAGCCGGUGCGAGUGUGUGACACAUGCUUUGAUGAGCUCCAGGGCUGACUGCCACUCUGCACGCUCUACUCACACAUGCAUUCACACAAAUCUGCAAACUUUACUGUCCCACUGUCUCACUAAAAGGAUUUUGUUUUAUGGAGUUGAACCUAGCAGUACAGGACAACAAGGAUGUGUCCGCAGGCAUGGGACUGCUGUCGGCAGGCAGGUAACGGGGAUAGAUGCAGUUCCAGCACACGCUGGACGCCAGUGUGUGCCUAGAUCAGUUCAACACUAGGAAACUGAGCAGACUCUCCUCGGAAACCAUCCCAUCGAUUUUGUAACGUUGGCAGCAAAUAGCCGAGUGUAAAUGUGUGGUAGAUCAAAGAACAGAGUUAACAGAACACAUUGCAAUUGUGAUGAAAGCAGGGUUUGUAAUUCCAGGGAGUUCCCAAACUGAAGGGAUGAGGCGAGUGUUGGAGAAGGCGUUAGUUGAAGAUGGUGUAGGUGGGUUUACAUUUCUGUGUGCUGCAGCACUGGCCUCUUGUUUCUGUGUUGUGGGCGAGACCUGCUGCUCCAUGCACUGUCUGUGGACUUUGUGAUGCUGCUCUCAUUGCUACAAAAUGGAAUGUCCUUUUUUGUGUAUUUGAUUUUUUCUUAUUUUAUAGCCAAAAUUUGGUGCUUCAUUUAUGGUGUAUGCAUUAUGUAUGCAGUAUGAUUAUAACUGGGUUUUACAUGAGAUUUUUAGUUUCCUGUACCCAUGCUUCAGGUUCUUCUAGGGAACAUUAACUAUGGUAAAAGUUGAUUUGGCUUCAAGAAAGGCAGGAUGCACAGGGUGUCUGUCUCCAGUGACAGAAGGUACCACUCAACUCCAUUGGAGGUCUGGUCCUUCACAUACUUAUAUUAAAUGCACUGUUCACGUACUGUUUUUGCCUGUCUCAGUUGGUGUCUUCUCUCUUAAAGGGAAUGUCCAACAUGUUGCCUGAAGUCCCAGAGUAAUUGCAUAUGUACUGGACCUCUAUGCAGGGGUCUCUGCCAUUUUCCUGUUUUGUUUUUGUCUACCUCUUAGUUGCCUGUCUGGGAUGUUUCCCAAAAGACCAACAGAGCCUGUCUUCUAAGCCGAGUCCAGGUUCCCACAAGAGAGGUUUUGACUGUGGAAUUGGAGGUCCCUUUAGUACUUAUGUUGGUCUUGCCAUUCACUCUUUCAUUCAAAGUGGACACAUGCACGCUCCUUUAGUGCCAUGAGUUUCCCCUAUUCUGUUUCUUAAGAUGAUCAUGACUUUGCCCCUGUGCAGUGUCAAAUUGCUGUUCUUCAUCUCCUGUCUCCUGAUUUUGCUACUGUUUUCACUUGCAAAAGAUGUUACUAUUGUGAAAGAGUAAAGUGAAUAUUAAGCUUAUUUCUGUGCGCAAAAAAUGUAAAAUAACAGUGUAUAGAACUUCGUGACUAGAGAAAUACUUACUGAUUGUCAUUGAUGUUUAUUUAAAUGACACUACACAUAACUGUGGAUGGAGCCCUCCUUGUCAUUGCUCUUUCUGCAUGAAAUGGGCACUCUUAUUGCGUAGUGACUUUGUAUGCGUGCCUUAGGGUUUUCCCAUGGCUAAGUGCUGAAAGGGUGAGUUGUCACUAAAUUGUCAUUUUAUGUCCAUAUGUACCAUGUUUUCUAAUCUGCCAUCAUGGCUGAUAGUAAAUAAAGCUGUUUCUAUUU